AUGGCUGCCGACGCCGCGAUCCCAGGCCUUGUCCUCACCUUCGCAGCGAUGGUGCUGCUCGUCUUCGCCUCCGUCUCAGCACCAAAAUGGGACGCUAUCCGCUUUUUGUCCACGACGAUUGACGGAGCGACAACACAGUUUGGUGUGUUCGGUUACACCGGGUCAAGCGCGCAUGUCGGAUGGUACUUCCCGUCGGCCGUCGCUGACGGCACGCUGAACGACGGCCUCUUCCACAACCUCACCAUUGCUCUCAUCCUCAUCCCAAUCGCCGCCGGUCUGUCAGGCAUCGCGUUCCUCUUCGGCCUCUGCGGCGCAGGCUACCACCGCGUCGGCACCGUCUUCAUGACGCUCGUCUCCGCACUCGCCUUCCUCAUCACCCUCGUCGCCUGGGUCAUCGAGAUGGCCCUCUUCGGCAUCGCGCGCGACCACGUCCGCGACCGCGGCGGCGUCGCCACCUACCAGAACGCCAAUUGGCUCGUCCUCGGCGCGCUCGUCGCCCUCUUCCUCGCGUUCUUCGCCAGCCUCUGCGGCGUCUUCGGCCGUUAUCGUUCCCGCCGCGCAGCAUAUUAA